CAAGAGAUGCAAGGCCCUCUCGGACAGCUAUGAGCUCUCAACAGAUCUGCAGGAUAAGAAGGUGGAGAUGCUGGAGAGAAAGUACGGUGGCUCCUUCGUAAGCCGCCGAGCAGCGAGGAUCAUCCAGACGGCCUUCAGACAGUACCGCAUGAACAAGAACUUCGAGCGCCUCCGAAGCUCCGCGUCAGAGAGCCGCAUGACCCGCCGCAUCAUCCUGUCCAACAUGAGACUGCAGUAUUCGUUUGAUGAGCGGCAGCCUCAGCAGCAGGCCCAGACACAGACCAGCUUCACCCACAACGUGGCCAUCGGGCCUCCUCACUCCCCCGACCCAGACCGCCCAGGAGAUUACACCCACUUAGAGGACUCCUUCUCCAAACAGGUCAAGUCCUUAGCCGACUCGAUAGACGACGCCCUUACCUGCCGCGCGGGUCGCGAUGACUCCCAGGAGGGCAGCAGGGAAGGUGGAGGUAUCAGCGAGGACUUCGGCGAGUGUGUGUGGAGCAGUAGCAGCAAUCCAUCCUCCCGGAGAGGUCUGGGAGAACGAGCCAGGGGAGCUGGAGGAGGACUCAGUAUGCACGGCGACAGCACGGCCACUUCCUACAGUGAUGUCACCUUGUACAUGGAUGAUGGGAUGCCGUCGUCCCCCCUGUCCCUCGACCGGGCCCCCAGCAGCACAGAUACAGAGUACUGGGGUCCCGGUGGUGGUGUCGGAGGGCGGGAGGACAGCAGGGACACGGAGGGAGGGGGUAGCAGUAACAGCCGGCGUAGCACCCCAUGCACCGAGUGCAGGGACUAUCGUCUGAGGGGCGCACAUCUGCCUCUUCUCACCAUUGAGCCGCCCAGCGACAGCUCAGUGGACAUGAGUGACCGUUCAGACCGAGGCUCCCUGAGCAGACAGCUGGUCUUCGAGCAGGAGCCGGGGGUGGGAGCUGGCUCCCCUCAGGGAACCCUCAAGCACUCCCCCAACACGGGCGCCCGUCAGGUCUCUGCUGCGGCGGCCCAGGGUCAGACACGGGCCCCCAGCAGACCCAUUCCAACACAUAUCCCUCAGCAGGUGGCUGCUCACCACCACCAUCACCACCAUCCUAUCCACCACCAUCAGUACUCAGACACCCCUUCAUCCUCCUCCUCGCCACAGCAGCCCCCCACCACCCCACUCUCCUCCUCCUCCUCUACAGCUCUGCCCCCCGGUGGCCUGGAGCAGCCGUGCUGCUCAGACGGAGACAACGACUCACUGAACUCCACCACCAACUCCAACGAGACGGUCAACUGCAGCUCGGGCUCCUCAUCCCAGGACAGCCUGCGGGAGCCUCUACCGCCUCUGGGCAAGCAGACGUACCAGAGAGAGAGCCGACACAGCUGGGACUCUCCGCCCUUCAACAGCGAUGUGGUGCAGAGGCGUCAGUACCGCAUCGGCCUCAACCUCUACAACAAGAAGCCAGAGAAAGGGAUCCAGUACCUGAUUGAAAGAGGGUUUGUCUCUGACACUCCAGUGGGGAUUGCUCGCUUUAUCCUAGAGAGGAAGGGCCUGAGCAGACAGAUGAUUGGAGAGUUUCUUGGGAACCGGCAGAGACAAUUCAACAAAGAUGUUUUAGACUGCGUGGUGGACGAGAUGGAUUUCUCAGGUAUGGACCUGGACGACGCUCUGAGGAAAUUCCAGGCUCAGAUUAAAGUUCAGGGUGAAGCCCAGAAAGUGGAGAGGCUCAUCGAGGCUUUCAGUCAGAGAUACUGUGUGUGUAAUCCCACCCUGGUUCGGCAGUUCCAGAACCCGGACACCAUCUUCAUCUUGGCCUUUGCCAUAAUUCUCCUCAACACAGACAUGUACAGUCCCAACGUCAAACCCGAGAGGAAAAUGAAAAUGGAGGAUUUCAUCAAGAAUUUGAGAGGCGUUGACAAUGGUCAGGAUAUACCCAGGGACCUGCUGGUUGGGAUCUACCAGCGGAUACAGAAGUGGGAGCUACGGACCAAUGAUGACCAUGUGUCCCAAGUGCAGGCGGUGGAGAGAGUGAUCGUGGGCAAGAAGCCAGUGAGUGUCUGUAACCCCUUACAUGACAUUUUCUUAUCUAUUAGCGUUUCUUGUGACAAGAGAAUGUGGAGGUAUAACCUGCUUUACUCUUUGUCCAUGUAGGUGCUGUCCCUUCCCCAUCGCAGGCUGGUGUGUUGCUGCCAGCUCUACGAGGUGCCCGACCCGAACAGACCUCAGAGGACAGGGGUGCACCAGCGAGAGGUCUUCCUCUUCAACGACCUUCUGGUGGUGACCAAAAUCUUCCAGAAGAAGAAAACCUCAGUGACUUAUAGUUUCAGACAAUCGUUCCCUUUGGUUGAGAUGCAAGUGCACAUGUUCCAGAACUCCUACUACCCUCAUGGAAUCCGCCUCACCUCAUCAGGCAUGGGAGGGGACAGGAAAGUUCUUAUCGUCUUCAUGGCACCAAGUCAGCAAGAUCGCACCCGCUUUGUGAGCGACCUCAGGGAGAGCGUUGCUGAAGUGCAAGAGAUGGAGAAAUACAGGGUGGAGUCGGAGUUGGAGAAGCAGAAAGGUGUGAUGCGACCCAGUCUGCUGACUGGAGGUGGGGUUGGAGGAGGCGUGGGAGGGAAGAGCGAUCUUGUGAACGGCACCCUGGGAAGGACGAGUUUCGAUGACUCAGUGGGUGACGGUCUGAAACGCACGGCGCUCAGCUCAUCUCUCAGGGACUUAUCAGAGACAGGGAUCCAUCAUUAGCAGCCCACAGCCUCACCAGCGCUACCAGGUGCCCGGU